UAGUAUCGCGGAGAUCUGUGAGUUUCUGUAUGACAUAGCCUCCGCUGCCGUUGCCGAGUUCAUGUUCAGAAUCCAUGAGAUGCCACGUUUUUGGACAGCCUACAAACAACUGCAAGUAGUGAAACCUGCGAGAGUCGAGGACGAGCUGGAUGAAGUUGAAACAGAUAUCAACGAAUUCGGAAGAGCCAUCAAACGAACGAUGAAGAGCCUGCAGUUGGAUGGCGAAGCUUUUGUGGAGAGACAACUCACUUGCCAGAGCAGAAGCAGAGAGACAGCACCGUCAACAUCUUGCUCUUUUCCCGUGUUAGAUGGAGAGCGAACAUCGCCUUUCAUCUUCGAUGGACCACCGCCUUCGACGACUACUUCUGAACGAGUAGUAGAAAGAACAAGUUCUGACGAAGGUCAAGUACACGACGCUGAACUACGAGAAUGGUACUUCGACGACUACAAUUCUGGCAGAAAAGACGGAGCAGACGAUCGGGUAGACAUUGCCAGAGAAAAAGAGCAAGACGAGGACUCUUCCGGUGCUUCUUCUUCUGGAGGUUCUCCAUCAUCUUCGCCGGCUUUCCGACGCAUGUCCCCAAUGUUUGAGUACGUUCUUGCUUUAGAAAUGCGUGGCCACCUCGACUUGGGAGAGAUGGGAACCUGCGGAGAGACGACUGGUCAAAUGCAGCCGCCCACCGACGAGGAGCUAGGUUUUAGUAGUGAUAGUUCGUCAGCAGCGUCCCCACUUGUGCACAUGCGUGUCGCUUUUCAAAGACG